AUGGCAGUUGGCUCGUGGGCCUAUACAUCGGCACCAAUAAUCAGAAACCCCCUUGAAAAGAAGACGUGGCCAAGUGAUAUGGAGGCGGAUGGCGGUGGCCAGGGAACGGUGAUUGGAAAUAAAUGUUAUCAGGAAUCCUCCGACAACACGGCCCGUGAUGGAAAGCAAUCCCAACCACGGCGGCGGCGUCUGCUCCUUUCCACCGAUAGCGCAUUUGCCGACACGGUUCUCCCCUCACUCGUGCAAAAUCCGUCCAUCGAACUGCGACUGAUUACCGACGAACCCUCCGCCCUGCUCACGGGUACGAACAAGAUACCGCAUUAUAUGGAUACAGUGGAUAGCCAAACAUUUGACAAGAAAACUGGCGCACGGAAAUGGUUGCAGGCGAAAACAGCGGAGCUUUGCGAAUGGGCUGAUAUGCUUCUAGUUGCGCCUAUCGAUGCUGGAGCUCUUGGGGCGAUGUUGGCGGGCUUGACCAACACUUUGACACUUGCGCUCCUUCGCGGAUGGGUCUCAGAAAAGCCGGUGAUUCUCAUACCCGGCAUGACGGUGUCCGAAUGGGAUCAUCCGUUGAGUGCCCGGCAGCUAGACGAAAUCAGUCGUUUUUGGCCGUGGAUUCGAAUUGUCAAGCCAGUACUUUGGAGAUCAAAUGGCCCAGAGGAACUGACCAUCUUGCCCUGGGAUGGACUGAGCGAAUUGCAUGCCACAUUGGAGACCACAUUGCAGAUCCCACCAUGGAAAGCUUCCGCGGCGACUGGGGCAGGUCAUGGCUCUGCGACACCAGCCCAAAUUCAAUCAAAUCCCUUAUACGCAACUCCAACGACUCAUGGGACUACCGAAUCUACACAUGCGAAGCCCACAGGUAGCGCCGAUUUUUUACCACUCGAGAUCUGGCUUAGCGUGUUCGAAGAUCAGCUCGGAGAUUGGGAAACAGCGAAAGCUGUGGGAAUUCCGGUUAAUCUACCUGUUCCCCAAGAAUGGCAAAGCCAUUUACCCAAAAUGUCUACGCCAGCUUCGCUCGAAUACACCAUCCUCCGAGGAUCCUUCGCUGCGAUCAAAAAGCGCAUCGAAGCGCUACCUCGCUGGAAGCCUCUUUCUGACCUUGCCUGCCAUCUCAUCGUGAAAUUCUCCCGAACCGACAUCCUUUCAUACCUCACCGAAAACCACCUUGACCUUCUUUGGACUACUUCUCGACUCACAAGUAUCCCUUACCGGGCAUCUGCCAUUUAUGGCAAUCCGAACGUUCUCACCUGGUGGCGUGAUGCCCCCGCCCUCCCAAACAAGGAAUACGGCGCAGACGCCAUGGACGGCGCCUCCAGAGCAGGCUUUCUCGCCGUGCUAGGCUGGUGGCUCCACUCUGGCCUCCCACUGCGAUACAGCGAGCGAGCUCUCGAAGCAGCCAGCGCCGAAGGUCGAGUCGAAGUGCUCGACUGGUGGAAACGAGCAUGUGCCAACCCCCCAUCUAGCACCCCCAUGCCACUCAAAGUAGGGAAAAGCGUUCUUCUCGCGGCUCAGAUGGGCCGCACUACAUCUCUUGCCUGGUGGGAUGCCUCAGGGAUCCCAUACAGCCACGCCGAAAAUGUUGCCCGCAUCGCGAGCACACAUGGCCACGUCCACGUCCUUGAAUUUUGGUAUAAGCUCAAAGGCCCCAAAAUGAUCUUCGAUAACCAGGUUUUGGUCGGUCCGACGAAGAAUGGCCACGACCACGUUUUGCAAUGGUGGAAAACCUGCGGCAUGCGGGUCGAGUUCAAGACCUGUGAUAUCGAGGAAGCGCUCGAAGAUGCUGAUCCAUCUUCCGGUGCUGAAGGUCGCGUUCGACGCUGGUGGCAACGCAAUGGGCUAAACCUUGGAGUCGGUACGAGCGAGUGGAUGAGACCCAAAAUCCUGUAA